CUUGAAUAAUCCACAAUUCAUUGUAUAUUUCAGUAAAUUACAAAUUAUUUUUCCAAUUGUUAUACAAUUUCAUUUAUUUACUUGUUUUCAUCUGAUAUCAACUGAUGAAUUUUUAUCACAGUGACCUUGAAUAGUACAUAAAAUAAGCGAUAAAGUGAUUGUUCAAUGUGUACAAUAUGUGUCUGUGUGUAAUUGUAUGAUUGUGCAUAUUUAAAUUUUAUUCAGUUAACAAAAUCGAGCAAUAAUUUCGAAAUAAACAAAAUUUUGGUUUUUCUGUCUUACUGAAUAUUUUACACCUAAAUAACAAAUAAUCUUAUGUAAGUAUCAUUUUUAUGUAAAGUUUAUAUGAAUAUGAAUUAUUAAUUGAUUGAAUUACAUGGUAGUAGUGGACAGAUGUUUCAGUCUAACUUGGGACUUCUAAACAUCGCCAAUAGAGAUCGAAUCCACUACCUUCAUUUUUUAAGAUUUGCAAUGCGUAAAGGACAAUCAAGUUAUGAUUUUGAAGUUCAACGCCGACGAAUUAUGAAGAUCUAUGAACGUGAUGUUAUUGAAUUAGAGAAAGCAGCUAAAACCUGUGGAGCAAAUAUUGAUCACCUUCGUAGAACAAUUGAAGAAUGGCUUAAACAAUUAUACGUUUGCACUCCAUCAAUUCUACUUCGAAUACGAAAAGAUCAAACAAGUUUAGAAUCUGAUGAAAACUCCAAACAAAAUUGUAUAUCCGUUUUACGACAAGGUAGUAUUCCGCGUCAAAUUGAAAAUAAAACAGAAUUAGACCGAAGUAAAGUUGAUCAACUGUUGAACAUUGAUCAGAAACUCAUCAACAACAUUCGAAGAGAACUUUCAAAAAUGUCUGUUGUCGAGAAAAGUCUAAAUGUUAAAAUAUCAAAAUUUUUAAAUGAAAUUCAACAGUUUCAACAGUCUAUGAAUUGUGUUUUAAUCGAUGCAUCAUCAUCCAAGGAAAUACAUCAGUCACGUGUAAUAACACCGAAGAAAUGGCGUGAAUUUAUACGAAGACAUUAUGCAUUGAAAGAGAUUGACUUUUCACCACCUCAAACUCCAUGUGGUUAUAAGUAGAGAUGUUUGUCGUGGCAGAGUUUCUUUUUACUCCGCUUACAUAUAUAUUCAGUUGUACAGGUAUACAAAGAAUAUCGUCUUUAGAUUAUUGGAAAAUAUUUGAAUAUUUCGCAAUCAAUAACUGUACAAAUUGUACUUAUAUUUAUUACUUAUGUAUACUAAC